AUGCUAUUCCCUCAAAGCAGCAACGGCGGCGCCUCCUCCGCCGCCGCCAGUCCUCAACAGCUCGUCGAUGCGCUCCAAGACCUAGCCAAGAAGAGAUCUACACCAAACACAGCAAUCAGCAAUCUCCUGUCGCCGUGCUUCUACCAUCAGCGAUUCGACGACGCUGUCGAUUUCGAAAAAGUCCUCGACGAGAUCAAGAACGACGAAUCUAUGUCACAUUCGCGCUUGGUUCAGACUGCGACAAGCGUUCGCGAACUCUCCAAGCAGCUUCAGCGGCGCCCCGUCAAGCGCGCAGUCCGCAAUGUCAUGAUUGUUACCAAAGCCCGGGACAACCAGCUGGUCUACCUCACCCGAGAGCUGGCAACGUGGCUUCUGCAGACGCCACGAUAUGGAUCUGACAUUGGCGUCAAUGUCUACGUAGAUGCCAAGCUGCGCAACUCGAAACGGUUCAACGCCGCAGGCAUCAUUGCUCAGGAUGAGCGGUUCGGCACCAUGCUCAAGUACUGGACUCCGGAUCUGUGCUGGAGUCAGCCCGAGAAGUUCGAUCUCGUACUCACCCUUGGAGGCGAUGGCACUGUCCUCUACACCUCGUGGCUCUUCCAGCGCAUCGUGCCCCCGGUUCUCUCCUUCAGCUUGGGCAGCCUUGGCUUCAUGACGACCUUUGAGUUUGAGCACUACAAGAAGCAUCUGAACCGUGUGAUGGGCGAUGACGGUAUGAAGAUCAACCUCCGCAUGCGAUUUACCUGCACGGUAUGGCGAGCAGGCUCCAACGGCAACUCGGACGAGGGAGAGCAGUUCGAAGUGCUUAACGAGCUUGUCAUUGACCGCGGCCCUUCGCCAUACGUCUCCAACCUGGAGCUCUACGGAGACGACGAGCUCUUGACGGUCGUUCAAGCCGACGGCUGCAUCUUUUCUACGCCUACCGGCUCAACAGCCUAUUCCCUCUCAGCGGGUGGCUCUCUCGUCCACCCGGAUAUCCCCGCCAUUCUCCUGACUCCCAUCUGCCCUCACACUCUCUCGUUCCGACCCAUGGUUCUCUCCGACACUAUGGCGCUCCGGGUGGCCGUACCACGCAACUCCCGAGCCACCGCCUACUGCGCUUUCGACGGCAAGGGACGUGUGGAGCUUAAGCAGGGCGAUCACGUUACCAUCACUGCCUCGCAGUAUCCCUUCCCUACCGUCACCCGUACCGACACGGAGUGGUUCGACAGCGUCAGUCGCACUCUGCGAUGGAACGUCCGCGCGGCUGCUCAGAAGCCCUUUGACGCUUCCGGCAUCUCGCCCGAUGGCGAGGAGGAAGAUGACGACAGCUGGGACAUUGACACCGACAGCGCGUAUUAUGCGAGCGAAGAGGGCAGCACCGCCGCCAGCCCCGUCAGGAGACAGAUGAGCAUGCUGGGCAUGUGA